GUCGGCGAUGGCGACCAAUCCAACGACGCUUCCGAUAAUUCCACCGAGCCUUCCUCUUCUUCUUCCUCCGCCGCCGCCGCCGCCGAUGAUAGCUCUUCCAAGCCGAUUGUUCUCGUCACCAAUGGCAACGGGAUUGACUCCCCUGGCCUAACUUCCCUCGUCGAUGCUCUCGUUUCUCAAGGCCUUUACAAUGUCCAUGUUUGCGCUCCUCAAUCGGAUAAAUCAGUUUCUGGUCAUUCGGUCACUCUCCGAGAAACGGUCGCUGUGAGUUCCGCGGAAAUUAAGGGUGCCACAGCUUAUGAAGUUUCAGGGACUCCUGCAGAUUGUGUUUCAUUAGCGUUAUCUGGGGCACUGUUUUCCUGGUCCAAGCCUUUGCUGGUGAUUAGCGGAAUUAAUCGGGGAUCAAGCUGUGGCCAUCACAUGUUUUAUUCGGGCGUUGUUGCUGGAGCUAGAGAAGCAAUGAUAGGUGGUGUACCGUCUUUGUCGAUAUCCCUGAAUUGGAAGAAGGACACAAGUCAAGAAAAUGAUUUCAAAGAUGCAGUAGUUGUUUGUUUACCUUUGAUAAAUGCAGCUAUUAAGGAUAUUGAAAAAGGAAGUUUCCCGACGGAUUGUUCUCUAAACGUAGAACUUCCAACUUCGCCUUUGUCAAACAAGGGUUUUAAAUUAACCAGGCAAAGUAUGUGGCGAUCUACUCCUAAUUGGCAAGCUGUUUCAGCUAAUCGGUACCCUGCAGGACAUUUCAUGUCCAAUCAACAAAGCCUUGGCAUCCAGCUUGCACAGCUAGGUCGGGAUGCCUCUGCCGCGGGUGCAGCUCGUCGCUUGGCAACCCAAAGGAAGAAUGUGGAGAUUGUUGAAUCCACUGGAGCUGCAGGAAAAACUGAGCCUGAACUGGUUAAAAAGUACUUCCGGCUAGAGUUUCUGGAUAAGGAGCAUAAUGACGUGGAUGAGGAUCUGGACUUCAGAGCGCUUGAAAGUGGAUUUAUUUCAGUUACUCCCCUCUCUCUUUCUCCGAACAUUGAGUCAGAAACUCAUACAGCUGCCUCAGAUUGGAUUUCUUCCGUGCUUCAGCAAGAGCAAUAAGUCUUCUGCAGUCCAGCAUGAUUUUUUUUUUUGUGUACAUUUGCCUUUUGGAGUUCUGACCUUUUUUUUUUUGGGUUCUCAAUUUUUAAGGUAUGCAGGUCUGAUUUUUAGCCACCGAUUUAGAGUCGAUCGUGGUCUCUUACUCUUUUUAUUUUAAUUUUUCUUGGUCUAUUUUAUUUGUGUCCAUUGUUUCAGUUCUUUAACCUCCUGUUCCUAUGAUGGAGCAAAUGUUUCCUGUAAUCUCAUUUGGCAGGUUUUAGUAAGUGCCAGUUUGUCUGUUUUACUGUCGUUACCAGCAAAACUGCUUGUAAUGUAAUGGAUCCUUUCCAUUUUUAAAUUAAAUAUAAAUUUGAUGGGUU